GUUUAAAUCCGUUUCUGCAUUUUUAUGUAGGUGUUACAUAUUUCACUCGUCUAUUCUCUCUCCACUCAUCACACAAACACACAGCAAAGGACAUCAGGAGCACAGUCUGACACACGUGGCCCUGUCAGUCAUCUGUGCUCCCCUGUUCCACCAUGUCCUCUAAGUGCAUGUGACUAUGUGGCUGGACUAUAGCGGUCAGUCCCCUUUCUGUCACUCACUGUAGAAGAGCCAAGCCAACAGCAGACCCACUGUUAGCACAACUCGACCAGCAGGUUCUCAAAACCAGCAAGUUUCUUAGCUUCUUCUGCGCGUUGCCUUGGGCUAUAGUUGGGUGGAGACGUUCUGCGUGUCUGAAGUGAAGUAGCGCUGCUGGAAGUUCUGGUUGUUCCUCUGUGACGGAACAGGAGGGUGUGGAAGAUGGCGGCUCUGCGCUUUGGGCUGGUGGCUCUGUUGCUAGCUCUGCUGAGUGUGGGAGCGUGGACAGCGGAGGCCAAGGAAGUGGACCGGGCAGAAGCAGACGUGGCUGAUGAUGAGGACAGUGGACAUGUGGCCCAAGAAGAGGAAGGUGGAGAUGUGGAUGAUGACGGAGGGGAAGAAGGCCUAGCCGAAGAGGAAGAAGAAGAAGCUGAGGAUGAGACUGCUGAAGAUGAUGAUGAAAGAGAGGAAGAAGAAGAAGAAGAGGAGGAGGAGGAGGCUGAGGAAGGAACUCAGGAAGAGGAGCUAACUGAUGAAGACGAAGCAGCGGGGGAAGAUGCUGGGGAAGAUUCUGAGGAUGGUGAUGAAGAUGAGGCUGGAGCUACUGAGGAAGAUUCUGAGGAGGAAGAGGGUGAUGAGGACGAGGCUGAAGCUGCUGAAGAAGGUUCUGAGGAGGAAGAGGGUGACGAGGAUGAUGGUGAAGCUGCUGAAGAACAUUCAGAGGAUGAAGAGGGUGAUGAGGAUGACGGUGAAGCUGCUGAAGAAGGUUCUGAGGAGGAAGAGGGUGAUGAGGAUGAGCCUGAAGAACAUUUUGAGGAGGAAGAGGAUGAUGAGGAUGAGCCUGAAGAACAUUUUGAGGAGGAAGAGGGUGAUGAGGAUGAAGCUGGAGAUACUGAAAACCCAUCUGAGGAGGAUGAGGAUGGAGCUUCUGAAGCUGUCGAUGAAGAUGAUGAUGAUGGUGAAGAUCAAGGGGCAGCAGGAGAAGAAACUGAAGGAGAGGCUGCUGAUGAGGAAGCCACAGUAGGUGAGGAGACUGAAGUACCAGCUGGAGAAGCAGAGUAUCACACCGGCUCUCUGUGCAGCCUCUGCUCCAUCUGCGAGCACUGCAGCAGCUGUGAUAAAUGUCCGUGCGAGGCGGGAGACUCAUCAGCACACUGCCAGCACUGUCAACAAUGCUCCUACUGCUACAUCUGUCCGGUGGUCUGUGAGACGGUCUGUGAACCAGGUGGCAUUGUGGAUGUGCUGUCUGGAACCUUUUAUCAGACUGUGGCCUCAUACCUAUGAGCACAUUUUACAUUCUCUCCUGCGCCAUCCUGUGGUGGACAGCAGAACUUCAGCUCAGCAGUUGGGUUCUCGUGUAUCUGUGAUGUAUGUUAGAUGUUGAACACAUUCCUCAGCUUAGAACAGCUACAGAAUCGGAGAAGCAUGACCAUUUAUCUGUACAGCUGAGGAAAUUCUACCACAGGGCCCUAAUGUUUACCACGGCACAAAGCCUUAUACAGUUAUAUUACAGCAGGACGGAGAGAUUAAAGCUAAUAACAUUAGAAAUUAGAAAUUAUUAAAAUGUAACUCAAGAUUUCACAUUUACAGCUAGAAACAUAUAGAAGGAAAGGUUAAUAUUUUCAGUUUGGGUUAUUUUUAGUAGAUUCUACUAUGACAGAUAAAACCUCCACAUCUGGUUUCAGUACAGAUUGAACUGUUUUUGACAGGACUGAUAAGGUUCAUGUUUCACUGGCAGCUUCAGUUCAGUGUGAGACAGCAGCAGUGAUGUGUGUAUUUGCACAGGACGGCAGUUUCUAACAAAAUAAACAGAUUCCACA